CAAAUAUUUGACUACUCAGAACAAUAGCUUUGAGUUUGACUAUUUUGUGAGACAAACAAAUUGGCUUUAUCAUUUUCAAAUAUUUCGGUAGAUGGCGUGUCAGAACUGCCAAACAAAAGAGAACUGUAUUGUUCACUCUUAGAGGUCUAUUUCAGAAAAAAAUGUUGAAUAACAUGACAGUUGCUAUGUUGUUGACACCUUCUUGCGAGUUGCUAUGGCGGUCUUUUCAUUUUACUGUCGAAAGAAUUUUACACCGAUGUAAAAUUACAAUAAAACAUCCAUGCUAAUAUCGGGCUAAAAUUAUGUGGCGUAAAUAUAUUUUGUGUGACGAUGCAACAAACGUGGGUGGACAUCACAAUAUACCUGAGAUGUUCGGUUAAACAAGUUCAAAUAUAGGCAAAAUUAUUAUUGUGUUUUGUUUGUAAUUUUGUAAAGUGCAAGUUAUCAGUAUGAGUUGUUAUAGUAAGGAAAAAAUGGAUAGAAAUGACCAGAAUAAUCUAUGCAAGAGUCACUCAGUUAGGUCGGACCGAGAACUAUACAGAAUUUGUCCAUCAAAAUUAAGUAAGCGGGAACUGGAAGAUUUGUAUUUCUCUCUCCUGGAGAACAACAUUGAGCUGAAGCGGACGAUCAAUGGGCAGCAGGACAAGAUCCGGGGGCUGUCUACGAAGGUCCAGCGUAUGAACGCCACUCAGAAGAACUUGCAGAAUAAAGAGGUCAAGGACUGCUGUAUUGGCACCAAGGCUAUUAUCAACGAGCAGAAGGAGUCUAUAACGGAACUGAAACGCGCCAACCAGCGCAUGGCAGAUCGCAUACAGAUGCUGAACAUGCGGCUAUGCUCGGCGAAGCAGUUCUUCAAGAAGCCCGCUCAACCUUCCACGUCGCGAUGUCUGCGCUGCGCAGCCAACGGUGGCACUUGUACGCCCAAGAAACACAAUUGUCUGGAUAAAGCAAAUGAGCCGGCAGUACUCAAGGUAUCAACAUCCACUCAGGUUGAUGAAAGAUCCAUAACCAUGAAAGCUGCUCAAACUGAAACUAGUGAAGAUGAUAUUAAAGAACCAUCAGGCCAAACAUGUGACGAAAACAAAUGUAGAUCUCUCAUGGAAGAGUUAAAACUGAAAAUCGUCCAUUUGCAAGAUGAGCUCUUCACAGUGCACGAGGAGUACGCAUCCCGCAUCACUCGACUGGAGGGCGAAGUGUGUGACGUUAGACGAGAGAACACCCGCGUGACUGCACAGCGCAAGGCCAGCGAGCACGAGCUGCACAACCUGCUCCAGCGGAACACUGAGAUACUGGCCACGUGUCGGAACACUCACUCCAGAUGUGGUGAGUACACGUCACUGCACAGCGCAAGGCCAGCGAGCACGAGCUGCACAACCUGCUCCAGCGGAACACUGAGAUACUGGCCACGUGUCGGAACACUCACUCCAGAUGUGGUGAGUACACGUCACUGCACAGCGCAAGGCCAGCGAGCACGAGCUGCACAACCUGCUCCAGCGGAACACUGA